AUGGCCGAGACUUCUUUACUGGACAAAUUACCGGGAGAAAUCCGCAACAAGAUAUGGAAACUGAUCUGCACCCCGCCACCAUGCCCGCCAAACCGAGAGAGGUCCGGGCCGACAACAGGCAUCCUCAGCUGCAGCAAACGCCUCUCGCAAGAAUUCUCCUCGUUCCUCUUCCACCAAAACUCAAAUGGUGAAAUCCCGGAUCUCACCAUCGUCAUCACGACUACGUGUCGAAGAGACGCCUGGCUAUCGUUGGCAGUCGAGCCCGAGUGCACGGUGCCCGAAAAUUGUAUUCACUUCUACGAGCGUAUCGACAAAGCGCGAUGCUUCGACGUAAAUGACAUGGACAACCCGGUCUUUGAUGUCCUCCGCGAAGCAAAACAUAUCAAUAUGGUUCACAUCCGCUUCGACGGCCCCUGGCUCGUCAACGAGGCGCCACUGUAUUCGCUGCCGGGGACGCGCAGAGCUCGGUUUGGAGAGGAUCCGAUUUACGAUGCAGAAGCCUUCUGGCGGCAGUGGGAUGUUCCGUUCCUUUGUCACUGGGCUAAGGCCCGGGACGUUGCUCGGCUACUCGGGUCGUUUCAGAGGAUCGGGGAGAUGGCGAUACACUUCAAUGAUUGGCGUCGGGAUAGUCGAAGGGACGGCAAAAAGUAUUGGCAUGCAAUACCGUUCUACACUUCUAUCAAGGACUCGGAGCUGAGGACUCCGAUCAGGUUGUGGCGGCUGCUGAUGAAUUGCUUCUUGCAAGGGGAUGGAGACGGAAUGAAUAUGCUGAAUCUGGGUUUCAUUGAAUGCGAGACCCGAUUCGGCAUCAUUAAGUUUCCCACUAAAAAUCAGCCUGAGGGAGAGCUGACCCUCGACGAUGACCACGGCGAUGGCUUGGCUGAUCAACUAGUGGGGGUUGGGCCGAUUGAGAAACCACAAACUCUUGAAGAAACCCCAAAACACCGUGUAAACCGUCUCUUCGCCGCGUUUACGUCGCUUUUGGAACAACAGAGCGACGACAUUUACGAUAUUUGGGCCCUUCGAGAGCACCGAGCGGCGACAUCGAAUUCGUCGGCCAGGAACUUUUUCCAUCGAAUGCAACGUCAAGAAGAAUCGCGGUCUACGACCGGUAUGAAGAGCAUAAACAAUACCGUGCAUAUAUUUGGAUACCCCCGUUUCCACGUGCACGAUAGACAGUCCGCCUGCCUCGUUCAGGCAUGCUAUUCAUGUCGCCAAUCCUCAUGCAGCGGUCACAUCUACUACAAAGCGGACCGCAGCCCGGAAUGCAACGUUGUUAAACCCGCUGUCAUCCUUAGCUCGCUUACGUUCCACAACAUCGCCUGGCUUGCAUCAAGUCGUCUCCUCGUGAUGCGGGGGGCAUCGAGGGCUUGUAAAAACAUCAUGAGUUUCAUCCCUGAGGCUAUCACGCCGACGUCCGUCCUGUCGUGGCAGUGUGCAGCUACGCUCCUUAUCAUAUGGAUUACCUAUUGUCUAGGGCGCGCCAUCUACAAUGUCUCGCCUCUACACCCCCUCAGCAAGUUUCCUGGUCCCAAACUGGCUGCCGCUUCGUAUGCUCCCGAGUGCUGGUACGAUUUCGUGAAGAAGGGGCGGUAUACCUAUGAGAUUGUCAAGAUGCACCAAAUCUACGUCCGUAUUAACCCUGACGAGGUGCACUGCAACGACGUCCGCUUCACCGACGAAGUCUACGCCAUCAACGGGAGAAAGAGGGACAAGCACAUCCACCACAUGAUCAACCUACCAGACCCCGCAACCUUCGCCACAUUUGGCACGAUCGACCACGAUCUCCACCGCAGACGGCGAGCCGCCGUCGGCAAGUUCUUCUCCCGGCAGCAGAUGCUCAAGCUCGAGCCGCAAGUCCACGCAUCAGCGCAAAAGCUCUGCGACAAGCUUCUCUCAUUUGCUGGUCCCGAUGGCGAGGUCGUGCCUUUGCAAGACGCCUAUAGCUGCUUUACGACGGAUGUGAUUACCGAGUACUGCUUUGGCGAGUCGUUUGGAUUUCUUGAGCAAAAGGAGUGGACGCCUAAUUAUCGUUCGGCUGUUUAUGGGGCACUGGUUCAUACGUUCCUAUUCAAGUUCUUUCCGUGGACGAAGAUCGUUAUGAAUGCUGGGCCGUAUCUCAAGAAUUACCUACCUAGGGACACGGCCAUCUUCAUCAAUACCUACGCAGUAACCCUCGUAGAGAAGGCGAGAGACCGCAAAGUGACAGGCACAGAUAUAUACCAACACUCGCCUAACGUCUUCGCCGCCUUAUUCGACUCCGAUCUCCCGCCCGAAGAAAAGACGGUUCCACGACUCACGUCCGAGGGUGCCAUCAUGAUAACCGCAGGAACGGAAACAACAAGCUACACGCUUACAAUGAUCAGCUUUCACCUCCUGUCGAACCCCAAAAUCUUGGAAAGGUUGACACAAGAGCUUCAAGGGGCGGUCAAGGAUCCGAAGCAUCUGCCAAACUGGCCGACGUUGGAAACAUUGCCGUAUCUGAAUGCCGUCAUCUCUGAGGGUCUACGGCUGGCGCCCGGGGGGUCGAUGCGCACUGGCAGAGUCGCUACCGAGGAGGAUCUCGUCUAUCGCGGUAAAUGGAGGCCAGAAGGGUCAGAUGUCGAUGUGGAUGUGUGCCAUGUCAUUCCCCGCGGGUGGGCGGUUAGUAUGAGCGCCAUCAUCUCACAUCUCGAUGAGAGGAUGUUUCCGAACGCCAAGGAGUUUAUACCAGAGCGGUGGAUCGAUGAGAACGGUCAGAGGAGGAGGGGGUUGGAAGCUGGGUUCAUCCCCUUUUCCAAGGGAACGCGACAGCUCGCAUACUCUGAGUUAUAUAUCGCUUUGACUUCGUUGGUGCUGAGGGUCUUUCCGCGUAUGAAGCUGUACGAUACUACUUUGCGCGAUGUUGAGUAUGACCAUGACUUGGGCGUGCCGAUUCCCGCGACCGAGAACGGUUGUCGAUUGAACUUGGAAGCUCACAGUCUUUCUUGGCUUAUUUCUCACAAACAUUCUCCGCUCCGCCGUCUCUUUAACCGACUGUUCAAACUGAAAUUUCCCACCGAACAGCUCUCAGUAAUCCCCAUCAAUGAGACGACAUGUCACUCUCUUCCGAAGGCUUCUUCGAUUGAAGUCAUGCCUAUAAAUGUGACUACAGCUCACUCAACCCUCAAGCUUUCUUCAAUUGGAGUCAUUCCCAUCGACGUGGUGACAGGCCACUCCCUCCUCAAACCCUCGCCAACCCAAGCCCCAUCCAACUGCACAUGCACGCAUGAGGACACGAACAAACCAGCCACCGACAACCGCCCGGCUGAAGUCCCGUACUGGGGCUUCAAGCAAAGCUGCACCGAAAUCCACGGCGACGGAGGCGAAGAAGCAGUUAUUUGGGCCUGCUGCGACACGACCCACGGCUACGGCAUCCAGAAUCGGUUUCGUCUAGGCCAGUGCAUCGAGAACGCGCGCGGGAAGCUAAUCCCGCGCAAGAAUGGGGGGUUCUGGCGCACGUGUGAGGAUUGUGGACUCAAGGAUCCAGAGAGGCCGACCGUGUAUAGCUGCAAGUGCUGGCCUAUGCCUAGGCAUGGGGCGAAGCAUGAGCGUGUGGAGGCUGAGAUUGAGUUGAACGACUUUAUCGGCAACGACCACGGCAAGUUGGUUUGCUUCGGCGUCAGGGAGCAGCGCUACUGGGGAAAUUGCACCAAUAACUUUCCUUGGAAUAACUAG